UCGAAUUCCGAUGAGCCGUACGUGAAUGUGGUUCUAGUUUAGUGUCUUUCUUCCCAAAUGGCCCCCUUCCAUUUUAAUUCUGAAGUUAAUGUUUCAAGACGAAUUUGUUACUGCCUUCUAGAAGAUGGUUAAGGCCAUGUUUAUAGAGGGAUCACCCAUGUGAUCUUGGGUCUUAAAAAAUUGAAAUUUAGUGAAUAGUGUCCACAAGAGCAGAUGAAAUGAUCUUAAUUAAGAUCUGUUCUCCUUGUGUUCUUGGGCUGAUGUGUCCAUUUUUUGGACGUUUUUUUUUUUCAUUUCCAUCGUUGUUUCAUUUUUAUUUUUCUUCUUCUCCCGGAAAAGUCGAGGAGGCGAAAUCACGAGAGAUUUUUUUUUUCUCACCGUCGUCUUUAUUCCACGAAUCGGAUUCUCCCCUCUUUCGUAUACAAAAACCCUAGUUGUCGUCAUCGUCGUCGUCUUCGUCGUGUCGGAACCCAGACUUUUUUCACAAACUGAUUUAGUGAAGAUGGAAUCUAAUGGAUCAGUUUCGUCGACGGCCAACUUGGAGAAGUUUCUCUGUGAGCGAUUGGUUGAUCAGUCACAGUCAAUCUCAGAGCGGUUUAGAGCUCUCUUCUCUCUUCGCAACUUGAAAGGAGCAGGACCUCGCAACGCUCUAAUCCUCGCAUCUAGAGACUCAUCUAAUCUGUUAGCACAUGAAGCUGCUUUUGCAUUGGGACAGAUGCAAGAUGCUGAAGCAAUUCCUGCUCUUGAGUCGGUUCUUAAUGAUAUGUCCUUGCAUCCCAUAGUUCGACAUGAGGCAGCGGAAGCUCUUGGAGCCAUUGGUUUAGCAGGUAAUGUUGACAUUUUAAAGAAAAGCUUGAGUUCGGAUCCAGCUCAGGAAGUUCGAGAAACAUGUGAAUUAGCUCUCAAAAGGAUUGAAGACUUGGGCAAUGUUGAUGCCGAGGACCAGUCAACCACAACAGAGAAAUCACCUUUCAUGUCUGUUGACCCUGCAGGCUACUGGUGAUCCAAGUGGUUGAUGAUCCAGGCUACUGGUGAUCCAAGUGAUGAGUGGCUUCGACUUUCCCUUCAAAUCUACAAAAAGGAGAGUUUUGGACAAUAAGAAAGAAGAUUUCAACCCGCUUUCUCCUUCCGGAGUCGUCACACAUAUGACAUAUCUAUGUGCGGAUGUCAUGGAAAAAUAUAUUUGUUCCUUCCAAUGUUAUUGUGAAGCUCUUCUGCUCUUGAAUCUUGAUAUCAAUUGGUUAUGUGAGACUUAUAGCCGCUAAUUAAUGGUUAUGAUGAAUAAUUACAACU